CACAUCACCUUCGCCUUUCCCUUUAUGGAAGAAGCCAUCCGAGGUUUCUGCGACAAUCGCCAGACGACGGAUAUCGGGGGGAAUCAGGAGCGACCUCGAUAUAUCGCUUCGGGUCUGUUCUUCGACGAGUGCUUCGAAGUCAUUCACGGAUUUCAGACUUACGUCACCAUCGUACCACACGUCAACAAGAACAAUCUUCCGGUUGUCCUGCUGACUCUGGCCCAGAGAGACAGCACGGAAGGCAUCUGUCGACAUUUCCAGAGUCUCGUGAGAAUCUUGCUGGAGAAACCAUCCUUGCCAGGAUUAUGGAAACUACCGACUUUGGUGGCCGAACUCGACUCUAAACAUCGGAAACUGGUUCUGGACAUCUGCGCGGAGAGCGUGGCCGAACUUCAAGCAAGCUCCUUAAUACACUCUUUUCCUGGAAAAGCUCCGGAACAAAUAGUCCAUCUGGUCAAGGAAAAGUUGUUGAGUCCCUACCUGCUGUCCUACAGAGAAAUGUUGCGGAGGAACGUGCAGCAAGUGGUUCGUCAGCUGACCAACACCGAUCCCGCUUACUUCCUGUCCGUGACGGAACUGCUUCAGUCUCCCGGAUGCAGUCACCUGGACUACAAAAAAGUCGAUCUGAUGUUCAAAAAUCCGGGAGUUGAACCAGCCAUUAGAGAAUUUUGGCAGAUUUGGGGACACGAACAAAUUGCACGGAAAGUAUUUCCUGUGACCCUAACGGCUCCUCCAAAAUUAGGACCUCUCGGAGCGAUAGUGGGAACGACGGAAGCCAUGAUGAAUGUGGGACCUUUAUCUCACAUCCCCGUAAAAGAAGGUCUUCAGAGCAUCAUCAAAUGCCUCAAAUCCCAAGAUAUCUCUUAUACAAGAACGAAAGAAGAUCGUCACGAGAACCAACUACAUUCCUGCAAUUGUACUAUUUGCAGGAUUCAACCAUCUUCCGCUCAGACGUCCAGAUUCAGACUCUAUGGAGAUCUGUCGAGAAAAUUAACUAAUGGUUCUACGGAAGGUUCGGCAUUCCACCUUCCUAUUCAGGAGAGAACGGCAACGAGCGAUCAAGAAAAUUAUGCGGGAAAAUUUCGUUUUUCGUCUACCUAUCAGCUUUAUUCCGAUUCGAGGAUCCGAGACGUGCGCACGUUCAAGUGUUCCAAGGAUCUACCAUAUUCCGUUCAGUCGUCUCUAGUGGAUUCCAACUCGUCGAGAACGAGUUACAACCAUCGGUCGCUGGUACAGCCCGUGCCUCAUUACUUUCCGAUCAGCCUUAAAGCCUUCUCCCAGCCGCUAAUGUACAAUUACCCCAUGCUGAACAAGCCUCAUUACGCACUCGCGCUGAAUCCUCAGCAGCUAUAAAAGAGAGAGGAAACGAGGAUUCGCAAAAUUCAGUAAUAUACGUUGUAAUUAAUAUCCCGCGGGACAAUGUCGUCGUUAUUCGAGAUACGUGUGCGUGACCGAAUGCUUGAUGUCCUUCGAUCGAUCCGAAUUUCAUUUUAUA